AUGGCAGAAAAUGUCCUUUAUGCUGACCUGAACUUGCCUGAACCAACCAGACCCAGAAACCUGAGGGUCCCUGAUGUCCAAGGUAAAAGUUGUUGUUCCAGAAAACAUGUUACCAUAUUGGUGGUGAUAAUCCUCCUACUGGUCCUGGCAGUAUAUUUAAUAAUCACAUAUGGUCCAACUGCAGGCAGCCAACAAGACUCAACAAGAACCAUCCCUGAAGAGGCACUAGGCUGCCCCACAUCAUGGAAGAAACAUGGGAGAAAUUGCUACUUCUUUUCUCCAGAGAAGAAACCAAAGGGCUGGGAAGCCUCUCGUGCAGAAUGCACCGCCAUGGGCUCAGACCUGGUGGUCAUUGACAGCAGAGAAGAGCUGAGUUACCUUCUCCCACAAUCAAGACAUAACUACUACUUACUUGGUCUCACAUAUUCUCAAGAGGAGCAGAAGUGGAAGUGGAUCAACAACGUGGAACACGACCCAGCCAUGUUCAGUAUAAUUGGACAUUUCUUUGAUUAUCUCUGCACGGUCAUUGGAUUUGAUGAAGUACGGUCUGCACCUUGUAAUGGAUCCAAAACAACACAAAAUAUGUGUGAAAAAGCUGCAACAAUUUCAUAA